UGCUCUUAUCCGUCAUAGUGGGUGGAUGAAGUGAGCGGCAGCGAGAGUGUGCAUCCAUGUCAUAUAUUGCGUUGCGCAUUUAACUUACAAUCCGGGGGGGACGAACAAGCAACUCAGUCGACAAACACUCCGUGGAGCUACCACAAACAGUAUCGUUUACCUGGAACUAGUGUUUUGUUAUCGUAGUAUUAGCGACAACAUUUGUCAGGCGCUUGAACAUCACCAGGAAUGUGGGCAUCCACCGCUAGUUCAUUUUACGGCGUGUGUCGGAAUUGCAGCCAAACCGUUGAAAUAACCCAGUCAGAGAUUUACAAAAGCUAACGCGGACUUAACGGAGUGAGGAAACGAGGGAGCUACAUUUUGGCUAAAUUAUACCUUAUCUGGUGGCUGUUCACUAAAGCAAGAGAUCAACGGUCAACGUUAGGUGUUUAGUUUGCGGCAGGCUCGUUUUGUUUCGUUGCACUUUCCACUUAGCUCGCUAACAGUUCGUUGCUGCAGGCAUCUCGGUGCGCCGUUAGAAACUGUUUUAGAAGUUGUGUUAUUUUAAUGGUUUCGGGUUUUUGAACAAACACUUUCAUCCUUUUUUGUGGACAUUAUCCUACUAUAGGAUGCCGGAUCAGAUAUCGGUAUCCGAGUUUCUCUCGGAAACAACAGAGGAUUACAACUCUCCAACGACGUCCAGCUUUACUACCCGCCUUCAGAGCUGUAGGAAUACGGUCAACGUUUUGGAGGAGGCUUUGGACCAGGAUAGGACCUCACUGCAGAAAGUUAAGAAGUCAGUCAAAGCCAUCUACAACUCUGGCCAAGACCACAUCCAGAAUGAGGAGACAUAUGUUCAGGCGCUGGACAAGUUUGGAAGUAACUUCAUGAGCCGUGACAACCCUGAUCUGGGAACAGCCUUCGUCAAGUUCUCCACACUCACAAAAGAGCUCUCUGCCCUCCUCAAGAACCUGCUCCAGAGCCUGAGUCAUAAUGUGAUCUUCACGCUGGACUCUCUGUUGAAAGGAGACCUGAAAGGCGUGAAAGGGGAUCUGAAAAAGCCCUUUGACAAGGCCUGGAAGGACUACGAAACCAAGUUCACGAAGAUCGAGAAGGAGAAGCGGGAACACGCCAAGCAGCACGGGAUGAUCCGCACAGAGAUCACAGGCGCUGAAAUCGCCGAGGAGAUGGAAAAGGAGAGACGCCUCUUCCAGCUGCAGAUGUGUGAGUACCUGAUCAAGGUGAACGAGAUCAAGACCAAAAAGGGUGUCGACCUCCUUCAGAACCUGAUCAAGUAUUACCACGCACAAUGCAAUUUCUUCCAAGAUGGCUUGAAGACAGCUGAUAAACUCAAGCAGUACAUUGAGAAGCUGGCUGCUGACCUUUACAAUAUAAAGCAAACUCAGGAUGAGGAAAAAAAGCAGCUCACAGCACUGAGGGAUCUCAUCAAGAACUCCCUUCAGCUGGAGCAGAAGGAGUCCAGGAGACAGGACUCCCAGAGCAAGCAGGGGUGCUACAGCAUGCACCAGCUGCAGGGAAACAAGGAGUUUGGCAGUGAGAAGAAAGGAUAUCUACUGAAGAAAAGUGAUGGGCUGCGGAAGGUGUGGCAAAGGAGGAAGUGCUCAGUAAAAGGAGGCGUUCUCACCAUCUCACAUGCCACGUCGAACAGGCAGCCAGUCAAACUCAAUCUGCUCACCUGUCAGGUGAAGCCCAGCACGGAGGAGCGGAAGUGCUUCGAUCUCAUCUCCCAUAACCGCACAUAUCACUUCCAAGCUGAAGAUGAACAGGAGUUUGUGAUCUGGAUCUCCGUGCUAACUAACAGUAAGGAGGAGGCGUUGAACAUGGCGUUCCGAGGAGAGCAGACAGCCGGGGAGGAUGGCCUGGAGGAUCUGACUAAAGCCAUCAUCGACGACGUCCUCCGCAUACCUGGCAACGAAGUGUGCUGCGACUGUGGGGCUGCAGAUCCAAAAUGGCUGUCAACUAACCUGGGGAUCCUGACAUGCAUCGAAUGCUCAGGCAUCCACAGGGAGAUGGGUGUGCACAUUUCCCGCAUCCAGUCCAUGGAGCUGGACAAACUGGGAACCUCGGAGCUCUUGCUGGCCAAGAACGUUGGGAACAGUAAUUUUAACGAGAUCAUGGAAGGGAAUCUUCCUUGUCACUCUGCAAAGCCCACUCCAGGCAGUGAUAUGACAGUUCGCAAGGAGUUUAUAAACGGUAAAUACGUUGACCAUAAGUUUGCAAGGAAGACGUGCAGCUCCGCAGCGGUGAAGAUGAGUGAGUUGCACGAUGCAGUCACAUCACGUGACCUGUUGGCACUCAUCCAGGUGUAUGCUGAGGGGGUGGAGCUAAUGGAGCCACUUCCUGAUAGCGGACAGGAGGGUGGGGAGACAGCCCUGCACUACGCAGUGAGGACCGCCGACCACACCUCACUGCAUCUGCUCGACUUCCUGGUUCAGAACAGUGGAAAUCUGGAUAAACAAACAGAGAGAGGAAACACAGCCCUGCACUACUGCUGCAUGUAUGAGAAGUAUGAAUGCCUCAAACUGCUCCUGAGAGGCAAACCUGCUACUGAUAUUACCAAUCAGAAUGGCGAGACAGCACUGGAUGUGGCGAGGCGGCUGAGGCUUGACCAAUGUGCAGAGGCUUUGAUUCAAGCUGCAGAAGGGAAGUUUAACCCUAAAGUUCAUUUGGAGUAUGAAUGGAAUCUUCGACUGGAAGAGUUGGAUGAGAGCGAUGACGAUCUUGACGACAAGCCAAGUCCAAUAAAGAAAGACCGGAGGCCGCAGAGUUUUUGUCACUCCUACAGCCUCUCGCCUCACGAGAAGCUCUCGAUCCCGGUGUUUAGUGGCCAGCGUGAUAAGCAGCGCCUCUCCUACAGCUCCUUCACCAGUCAGUACAGCACCACCGACUGCCCCUCCUCCCCCGUCUCCGACGCCCCGCCUCUUCCGCCUAGGAACGCGGGCAAAGCCCCCCCCUCGUCAUCCUCCCCUCUCUCCCCUGGCUCCCAGAUCCCUGGUAACAGCAACUCCACCCUGUCUAAGAAGAGGCCCCCGCCCCCUCCCCCUGGACAUAAACGCACGCUGUCUGACCCCCCCACCCUGCUCUCACAUACCCCUCUCUGUAAAGGAAGUGACUCCACACCUCCACCCAUCAACAAGAUGUCGCCGAUGACGAAUCGAUUUGAAGGCGUAAUACAACAACAAAGCACUACGUCCAACACCACUAAAUCUACACUUGGCCCAAGGGUCCUUCCCAAACUACCUCAGAAGGUUGCUCUGCGCAAGAUUGACACUGUCCACUACCCAUCCGUGGACAAAUCCAGCCAGCCUCCAGAGCCUGUACUUUUCCAAAAGACUCCGCAGGGUUCUGACACGCCACAGAAAAUUCCUUUACCUGACAAACCCCAGCCUGGUGACCUACCCCCUAAACCCCACCCCUCAGAAUUACCCCCUAAACCUGGGGAGCUGCCCCCAAAGCCACAGCUUUCCGACCUACCUCCCAAACCCCACCUUGGCGAUUUGCCGCCCAAGCCUCUGUUAAAAGACCUUCCACCCAAACCCCAGCUGACUGAGAUCCCCACCCCAAAGCCUGUAGCUCCUGAACCUGCUCCCAAGCCACCUCCUGGAGAGGUGUCCCUCAAAGCAGAAUCCCCAGAUAUGCCUACAUCCAAUCAGCAAGGAGAGCUGACACCUCAGCCCGCCCCCUCUACUGAAGAUGCCAACGGGAGUCCAAUAGGCCCCACUGAGAUGCCAAUACCCCUGCCCAGGAAAUUCAGCACUGGGAAGAGUAAAAUGAGGAGAGUGAAGACCAUCUAUGACUGUCAAGCAGAUAAUGAUGAUGAGCUCACCUUUGUGGAAGGUGAGGUCAUCGUGGUGACAGGCGAGGAGGACCAGGAGUGGUGGAUCGGGCACAUUGAAGGGCAGCCAGAGAGGAAAGGUGUCUUCCCCAUGUCUUUUGUCCACAUCCUGUCUGACUGACAUUCACCAUCCUGAGCCAUGCAGCCAUCGUAACCUGUUCAUCUCUUUCCAAGGGAAAUUCUGUAAAUAGCUGUUGAGACCUCCACAGCACUUUAAAAAAAAUAAAACCACAAAAAGGAACAAAAUGAAAGCCCUUAUUAACUUCCUCACUGUCAUGGAGUGUGAGUGAGUAACUUUACCAGUGUUAUCAUUCCUGUUUAGUACAGUCUACUGCAGCUGAGACUGCACCUAGCAUUUACCCACAUCAGCUGUUAAAGUUUUUGUACAUAAUGACUAUAGAUUGGUGUUGGCUGCACACACCGAGUGUUUUGGAUUUGUGUGUAAAUAUACAAGCAUGUGUUGGUGUGGCCAAAAGUACAAAGGUGUGCGCGCUUGUAUUCUGCCCUGGGCUGGCUGACUGCACCCAGGGUCGGUUGUUUAAACAGUGAACUGUGAAGUAUUGAUAGUGGUUGUUGACACUGUCCAUGACAUGGACUCCAUGUGGAGGUCAUGUAUUUGCAGGGCUUGCAUGCUCAAAAUGAGUGUGUCUGACUGUAAAGACCAUUGGAGACAUUAACUGAAAGCAUUUUACCUCCACAUCUGUGUACCACUAUAGCACAUCCAAUAUUGGGUAACUUGUUUCCUUGGACUUUCUUGUCUGCAAAAAUUAACCUGCAAGAUGCUUCACACCCAUUAGUGUGGUUCAACCCUGUGUAGCCAUUAGCAGCCAUCUCAUCUCAAGUUUCCUUCCACCUCCACUGAUCUACAAUUCAGGUCAUCUUUGCAAAGGACAUUCCUCCCAAGUUGUCCAUCUACAUGUUAUUUUACUAAUUCCUAGCUGUUGCAGAAACUAGUUCUUCCCCUUCACUCCAUUUGAUGAACAUUGAGAGGACUAAUACUUGAAGCAUUCCAUGCAGAAGGAACAUUAGUAUUAAAGAUUCAAGAUGUUUGUAUGUGUAGUGGGAUGUACAGGACCAUGAUGCAACCCUAAUAGUAAUCAGGUGCUGCCACAGCCCCAGACUUCUUAUAUAGACCGUUUUAUGCUGGAGACUAUUUUAGAAAGACUACUCAGGUCAUUGCAUAUGAAACAAUAGAGUAAGCAUAAAGCAAAACCCAACAGCAGUUACUUUCUGCCACUUUCCUAAAUGUCAUACAAAUGACCUGUCCUGUAACAAAACAUCCAAUUUUGUAACCACCAGACCUGUUUCAAAAGAUGAAAUAAAUGCUGUUUUAAGAUG